GAUUGCCUGCCGUUCACAUCCUCCCCACCUGAAGCUCGACUGAGCACUCUCGCCCACGAUAGCCUCGCCCCCAGCCUUCGCCAGAGGCUCCCCAUCGUCCAAAUGGGCCGCGCAGCUAUACGGGCGCUCCGAACGACCUGCCAACACACCGUACGGGCCCUUGCUCGCACCGCUGGCCGUCCUCGACGCAACGUCCUGCUCAACCACCAUCUUCAGAGCGCCACCUCUCACGCGAGCGCCGCUUCCGCCGCCCCGGGCUCCGGGCUCCGGUCCUUUUCUUCCUCUAGCGCUGCUCUCUCCCGACAUCACCACCCCCGGCAUGCUCUAGGCGAGCCUCUCCGCUCCUCCAUGUACUUCCGCCGCCUCUCUGUCGCCGUAGUCUCCAGCCUCGUCGGGUAUGGUGCUUGGUACUCGUACCGCGGCGAUCAGGGCUUCGACAAGACUGCGGCUCUUCAGUUCUCGACCAACACUCCGACGACGACCCCGACUGCUGGAAACACCGCCCUGCCUACCCGGAACGUCCUUGUAGUCGGUGCCAACGAGCUACACACGGGAACUUUCGUUGGCGACGGACCCAUUUCCAAGAACGCAGACGGAAGCGGCAACAACGUCCUCGAGAUGCUGACCCCGGAGCAGGCCACCGAGAAGCUGCGCAACAACGAAGCGUCAUUCAUGGUGAACCGCGGCCAGGGUGUCUUGCGGUAUGACAUUGUCCAGGUCGCGAGCAACAACCCUAUCGAGGAUGACCACGCCGAGAAGAUUGUUGAAGUGUCACCAUACACCAAGGGCGAGGACACGGCCAAUAACGACUGGAUGUUCUGGGGUGUCUUUGAUGGACAUGCCGGCUGGACAACAUCUGCCAAGCUUAGACAGUCUCUGAUCAGCACCGUCGCACGGGAGCUCAACACCACAUACAAAGCGGCUGGCACACUAGGCACGCUGCCUUCUGCGGAAGCCAUUGAUGCUGCCAUCAAGAAUGGUUUCCUGCGGCUCGACCACGAGAUCGUAAACGAGAGUGUUGAGAAGGUCUUCCAGGCCAACUCGAAACGAGCCGCUGCGGAACUGCUCGGCCCUGCACUGUCCGGCUCAUGUGCUCUGCUGUCCUUCUAUGACAGUGCCUCAAAGACUCUCCGUGUAGCCUGCACUGGCGAUUCCCGCGCCGUGCUCGGACGCCGGAAUGCCUCCGGCAAAUGGACGGCAACGGCUUUAUCAGAAGACCAGACUGGAAGCAACCCCAACGAAGUGGCACGCAUGCGCAAGGCUCACCCUGGCGAAGAGCGUGUCAUUCACAAUGGGCGGGUGCUUGGUGGCCUUGAGCCCACAAGAGCGUUUGGCGAUGCAAGCUACAAGUGGACUCGAGAGAUUACCAACAAGCUGAGGCAGUCGUUCUUUGGCCGGAGUGCCUCGCCGCAUCUGCAGACACCUCCGUACGUGACCGCCGAGCCUGUUGUUACCACCACAAAGGUAGACCCGGAGCGCGGAGAUUUCAUGGUUAUGGCCACUGAUGGUCUCUGGGAGAUGCUCACCAACGAAGAAGUCGUUGGAUUGGUCGGAAAGUGGAUCGAGACACAAGCGGCUGAUCAGUCCAGCUCGCAACUCGGUUCAAUCUGGUCCAAAAUGUUCGGCUCGAGCAAGGACCUCCCAGUUGAGGCUGGAAAGGCGGAUGGCCCCGAUGGCCAGAAGACCCCGAUCCGGCUACAACAGUGGGGAAUCUCACCGGACGACAAGGAGCGCUUCGUGGUCAAGGAUAAGAACGUGGCGACCCAUCUCAUUCGCAACGCGCUUGGUGGCAAGAACGAAGAGCAAAUGUGUGCGCUGCUCACGCUUGUGGCUCCCUUCUCUCGCAGAUAUCGUGAUGACUUGACGGUACAAGUAGUGUUCUUCGGCAAUGGCCAGAAAGGUGGCGAGGUUCUCGUCAACGAGGAAGCUUCAGCCCCGUCCCAAUCUCCAGUCAAAGCCAGGCUAUAACGAAACGAAGUAGCAUAUCUCUUUUUGUCCAGCGAGCAUUACACCAUGCAGGGCGGAAUGCAGCUUUUCCAAUAGGGUUUCCGGCGUUAUGAGGUCGGCUGCAAUGUCCAGGGCAUAAAACUUGUAUACCUAGGGUAGAUAUAGUCUGAAUUUUGUCACUAUUGCAAGCGCCACAGCAUCGAA